AGAUAUCGCGCCUGAGGGCAUUUCUGCUGGCCAGAUGGUGGGGGAGAUAGGUGCUGAUUAGGUCACUUGUCGACGUGGUGGGAGCCCAUUAGGCGGAGGUGCCCUUAAAAGAGCUGCGAAGUAGAUGAAAAUCCAGUCAGUUUGCCUUUGCCUCGUCAUCAGAUCACGUGGCCUGACAGGGUCAAAUUUGAUAGUUGCACACACUCGCAGAGUCAGUGAGUGGAGAAUUGCUGGGCGGCGGUGUCUCUGGAUGUUGCUGGUUGUGAGAUUCUGAACGACAGCACUUGCUUCUCGCGCGUGUCUCAGAGUUCCAAGACAGAGUGUGUUGCGUGUUUGUGAUAGAAAUGGAAGUGAUAUCGAACCUUCUGCAGCCCUAUAAGGGCAUCGUGAGUGCGGCAGCAGGAAUUGCUACGACUGCGCAAUUUUUUAGUGGUGCUUUUGUCUGCAAUGAUAUCAGGAAGGCGGGAAGUGCCGAGAAGUUCCCCUUCCUGCCCUUUAUCGGCGGAACAGUGUUCGGAGUCCUGGGUCUGCAGUACGGCGUGAUUCUGCGGGAUGACACGAUGAUUCCGGUGAACUUAGCCGGUCUGGCCUUGAGCAUCAUCUACGUGUGCUUCUUCUACAACUACACGCCGAAUCAUCUGAAGGGGCGCGUGUGGGCGCAGAUGGGCAUCGCCGGCGCCUUCUCGGCCGCCGUGGUGGCGUACGCCCAGUGGGAGGACGAGAAUCUGGUGGAGACGCGAUUCGGCCUCAUUCUCACCGCCGUGAUGGUGUACAUGAUUUCCGCGCCGCUUUUUGAUCUCGGCACAAUCAUUCGCAAUCAGAGCGUCGAGGGUCUCCCGUUUCCCAUCAUCUUCUCCGGCACGGUGGUGUCCUUCCUGUGGCUGCUGCACGGCUUCAUCAUCCUCAACACCAUCGUCGUGGUGCAGAACCUCUUCUUCUUCACGCUGAGCGCCAUCCAGCUCUCCCUGUUCGCCAUCUAUCCAUCCAAGCCGACGGACAAAGCCAAGAAGGCGCAGUAGAAUGCGACGACGUCGAUUCCAGAGACAAUAACUCGACCAAUCCAGCAGCACUUGUCGGACAAUAACACAUGUGAACAUGUAAUUUCGUCUUCCACGAGAGUGUGCAAAUGCAAAAAGAGCGAGAAAAAAAGCAUGCGAAGCAUGCAAGAGUGAAUUAUUUAAAGCGGAGAAAAGGACGAGAAGAGCUGCAAUUCUCUCUUAGCUUUCAUGUGUGAUCUAUUCAACAAGUUUUACACCAAAAUGACCCUGAAAUAAUGAAAAUGUUAUUGCACAAUGAUUCUUAUUACAUAAUGAUUCAGUGUAUACGAUUAACCUCUUCACUGUCUCGGUGUGUCCACUUGCUGACGAAAAUACGCGAAUGCAAGUGUGGUAAAUUUCCGGUGGGUGGGAAAAUUGCUCAAUCAGCAUUAUUUUUUUAUUCUUCUUCUUUCACAGUCCAAAAUGACUGGCGAACAAGUCAAAAAUGUUGCAUUGUCUGAUUGUAUAGUUUUUAUUCAAUAAAAAAAAAGAGACAAUUAGAUGUUGAAAAACCUCAAAAAAGAGAGAGAAAAAACCUCGGAAAAAACAGACACACUGAUAAGAACAAAUAUUUUUUUUUGUAAUUGGAAUGAAUGCUGGAAGAUUGUAUUAAUUUAUCUGUCUGCUGACAUUCAUCGUUUUUCCCUUCUUCUCAAUGUUGAUUUUACCAUCUCUUAUCUUCUCCUCUAUUGAAUUUAUUGACUAUAAUCUAUUGUUUCUUUUUUCCUCAUUUAUCAAAUAUUUCCAUUAUCAGUUUUGCUUCCUAAGAUGCCUUCUAUUUCCUACAAUUUCUCCAUUACAGAGUUUAGGUAAAAAAAUCACAAUGUACUCUUUUUUUUUUAAAUGUUUUUCUCUCUAGAAAAAUAGAACCAUUGUAUUCCAUUUAUGUGUUUAUUUUUAUUUUUAUAUUUAAUAUAUCCUUGGUUAGAAUAUCCUUCUGUAUCUUUUCUUUUUCAUUAAAAAUCCUCAUUCUUAUGGGGGAAAGUCUUUAGCUUUUUUUUUGUUGCUUUUUGGUUUUAUACUUCAUAAUUCACUUCAAUCUCUCUCGCGAUUAUUGGAUAUGUCCAUGUAAAAAAUAAUAAAUUUCCUUCUCGGAUUCCAUCUCGGAAAGUUUCUUAUACAAAUUGAACAGUGUGAACUUAAAAUGAUAAAAGACUUUGUAAAUUGGUAAAAAUAUCGUGUAGGUAGAAUAUUCCUCUCACUACGUCCGGCGAUGGGCAGAAAUUGGGGCUC